AUGCCUGCCCAGCAGAUCCAAUCCGCAAUCGCCGCAGUUGAAGUUAUCGAAGAUAUGCAACUUGAGGCAGAUAAAUGCUGGGAUGAUAUGUUACGGCGCUGGGAGAGGGUUUUACGGGUUUUACAGGCGAACACGAUUGAGGAUAAGGACCAACGAUGGAGCCAAUUCAAACAGCGCUACUCGGAGCCCUUAUUCAAAGAUUUUUUGGACUAA